AGCACAGCUUUCUUUUUCUUUCUUAUUCAAAGCCCUAAAUUUGAUAAUUGCUUGUGGAAAUCGAUUUCGCAUUUGGCUUGGCGUGAGGAACUGGACCUUCAGCACCUCACUCCACGUCAUCAAUUCCCCUUCCCUUCCCUUUAAAACCCCCCAACACCCUUUUCCUCCCCUCAACUGCCUCAAUCAAUCAUUUCCCAAUCCCAAACAAAGCCUAAAACAAGUGUCUGUCUUUUCUCUCCUGCAAAAUUUUCUUCUUUCUACCCAACGCAUAAGAGAAAAAGAUGGAGGGUCUGAUUCCCUUCGUGUACAGGGCAAUAACUCAGCACAGAAGCGGAAGGGAAGCUGCUCUCAACUCCUGGUUCACCGAUUCCCCUUCGUCGAUGUCCUAUAUUCGGCUCCCAGGCGAUUCGGGUCGGUUUCAGGCGUCGGAUCGUCUCCACCUGUUGGGAUCCGAGUGCACUACCUCUGCUACUGCUUCUUCCAAUCUCAAUUCCGCCGGUCAGAUUCUCGUUUCCACCGGGGCGCAAUCGCCCCUCUGCCGCUUAAGUCGCCGCGUGGCUGCCUGAAUUCAUCUUCACACAAACCGAUCAUCCCUCGAAUGAAAGCUGCAACUGUGUAUUAUUAGUAUGUAUGUAUAUUAGGAGGGGUGGUGUGUACAUUUACAGCAUCAACGUCUCUGUUUGUGGACUCUCUGUUGAUGAGUAAGCGCGUGGGGAACCAAAGGGUGUACUCGUGCUUCUUCUUCUUCUUCUUCUUUCGUUGGGGCAUGUGGGAGGGAAAGAAAACCCAGAAAGGGGGAACUGGAAACCCAUGCCCUGCGUCCUCUGUGUGCUGCUGCAGUCGUCCAAGAAUCAUAAUACUUACUGUACCAUCGUCUCGUUGUACUGUUUGUGUUUGAUGUGUAAUUAAUUACAAGCCGAAAAUGGCUCUUGUCAAUUAAACAUUUGAAUGGGCUUUUGCACUUUCACUUCCAAAGAAAAUAGGAUUGUUUGGUUUCCUUAUUAGUUCCAUAAAUAACUAACAAAGCCUUGCGUUCUGGAUUCUAGUCCACUUGUACCAAACUGUCUCCGCAGCUUUUUCACCUGCAUAAUAAUUAUCUUCAGUUUUAGAGAAUAUAUGGAGUUUUUACAAAUAUUGCAGGUGAGCAGAAGCAAUUUGCCAUGAUCCUUACCUUCCCUGGUUUUGGAUGUACAUUGGGCAACACCAAAAGAUUUCUUAACAGGGCUGCGACUCUAUCUCACUUCCUUGAGGAACAAAGCGCCAAAGUCGGA